AACGCGACGGAAACAACAACAUCGGAUUUCUUUGUUUAUGAAACCGCACAAAAAAAUAAACAACAAAAAAUAACAGCAGUGGGGCUAUUAAUAUCGCGCCAUAUUGAGAUGCGGAAAAGAACCGCCCAUAAUUGCAGUUACAGUUACAUUUACUGGAUAAAAGGUCAAUUGAAUUUUGGCUGUCUGAUAAACAUACAUACAUACAUAUGUAUAUAGCCAUAUAUUUAUAAAUGCUUAUACAUAUGUAAUCAUAUGUAAACAGGCAAUUGACGCGCUGAUUCAUUUGUUUACGACUGUGGAUUUAAUAGCAUUAAAUUAUCAUUAUCUGUCCACUGACUGCUGGAGUGAAAAGAAUUAAAUCAGAGGCUCGCCAAUUAUAGCUGAUCGCUCUUACCGUUAUUGCAAAACACAACGGCACACGCAUAUCAUGAGACUUUGCAGCAUAAUAUUCGCAGUGCUGCUCUUUGUAGCCUUGUUCAGUGCUGGAAAUUGUUUUUGGCCUUUUCAUAAAAAAGGCAAACAUCCAUCAAAACCAGAGCCCCCAAAGGAAAAAAGACUGAGUCCUGUUAUAUUUGUACCUGGCGACGGUGGCUCUCAACUUGAGGCACGCUUGAACAAACCGGACUCACCUUAUUUCAUAUGCGAAAAAACACAUGAUUGGUAUAAUCUGUGGCUGGAUCUAGAGCAGUUGGUCAUACCGAUGGUUUACUGUUGGAUAGAUAAUGUGAAGCUCUACUAUGAUAAGGUAACAAGGACAACGCACAAUACGCCAGGUGUGGAGACGCGUAUACCUGGCUGGGGUGAUCCGGAAGUCGUGGAAUGGAUAGAUCCCACGAGAAACAAGGCAGGAGCCUAUUUUAAAGAUAUCGCCAAUGUGUUGGCAGAUCUGGGCUAUGUACGCCGUAUAAGUAUCCGUGGAGCUCCCUACGACUUUCGACGGGCACCAAAUGAGAAUACACAAUUCUUUAUCGAUCUCAAGCAGCUGGUGGAAGACACUUAUGAAGCUAAUAAUCAAACUGCCGUUACAUUUAUAACGCACAGCAUGGGCAGCCCUAUGACCCUCGUAUUCUUGCAAGAACAAACAGCCGAGUGGAAGGCCCAAUACGUUCGUCGUCAAAUUAGUUUAGCUGGUGCCUGGGCGGGCAGCAUGAAGGCAGUGAAAGUGUUUGCCAUGGGUGACGACUUGGAUUCGUUUGCUCUGAGCGCCAAAAUUCUACGCUCCGAGCAGAUCUCGCAUCCAUCGACAGCCUGGCUGCUGCCGUCGCCCUUGUUCUGGAAGCCAUCUGAAGUCCUGGCAUCGACACCAUCGCGUAAUUACACCAUGGCUCAGAUGCACGAGUUCUUCAAUGAUAUUGACUACAUGACGGGCUGGGAAAUGCGUAAGGAUACGAUGCGAUAUACACAAAACUUUAGUCCUCCAGAUGUGGAGCUGCAUUGUUUAUAUGGAGAUGGAGUCAGCACAGUGGAGAGUUUAAUAUACAAAAAGGAUACUAUAAACGGGGAAACGCCGAAGCUUAAAAUGGGCUAUGGCGAUGGUACCGUUAAUCAACGUUCGCUACGAGCUUGCCAGAGCUGGGAGGGCUACAGCUCCGCCCAUAUAUCAACGCUGGCCCUGAAGGGUGUCGAUCACAUGGGCAUUCUGGUCCAUCCAGACGUCCUUCAGUACAUACGCACGGUUAUGCUACAACCAUAAACUACUUCAAAUUAGAAAAAUAAUAUCCGCAAUUUUAUUAAGUUAAAUGAGCCCAAAAGUGAUCAAAUGUUUUCGUAAAUGUGACAAUUAUAUGUU